AUGGACAUCACCAAGUUCGUCGUCUCUGGGCGCGACGCGGCCCUGCUCUACGGAGACUACGCAACCUACCAGUCCCAGCUGGCCAAAAAGCUGUUGAACAGCCGUAAGAAGGUGGGCAUCGCCACUAAGAACCGCGGCAAGUUCAACAAGAAGAACGAGGUGACCGCUUCUCAGCUGUCCGAGAACCAUGAAUACAUCCACCUCCUGCUGCUCACGAGCGAGCGCGCCUGGGCCAAUGCCAUGGCCAUCAAAUCUUCGCACACUUCCGACGCGAAGGGUGUGACCGGAAAGACUCGUUCGCACAUUGUUUCACGACUCAACAAGGCAGCAAACGUGGCCGAACAGCUCGUCGAACUGCUGGCUCAGCCCGAAGCCAGCGCCACCGAAAACGACAAGCUCGAAUCGCGAGCUUAUGCUGCACAGAUUCGGGGCGCCGCCCAGUUCGAGAACCAACACUGGGAACAAUCGCUGCGAAGUUAUGCUGUUGCUCGUAUCAUCUACAGCGCCAUGGCCACGUCUACCAAGGGCGACAUCUUCAAGGAUCUUCUGUCAGACACCAUCGAUCCAUCAAUCCGCUACGCCGCAUACCAGCUGAAGACGCCGCGCACGAUACCGAUUCCUGCGAUCGCAAGACGAGCUUUUCCCCAGUCUGAUUCCACCCUGGUCCAACAAAUCAACAAUCUCGAUCCCACUCUCCUGAAGCAAGCGGAUGGCGAGGCAAACAAGGCAGGCGACAGCGCGGAGAACGCCCCCAGAACCCUCACGUGGCGCUCGCGUGAGGUCAAGAUAGAAGAUGCCGCAAUCUCCCUCGCAUGGGGCAGAGUGGAAGAGGCUAAGGUCCAAUUGGCGCAACAGUGGCCGUCCCUCGCCGCUGCCGAGUCCAAGGAUGUUGCCGCGGCCUAUGACUCCAUUCUUGAAGCUACUCAAGAUGCUGCCGACGCGACGAAGGAAGCGAUAGAUGAGCUGCGUGGAGAAGGUGUCUCUCAGAGCGACUCUCGCAUGCAGAGCCUGCAAAUCACCAGAACCGCCGUCAACUACGAGAUGAUCAGCUGGCGCGUUGGUCGCAACCGCGUGUUGACAGGAAAAGACGACGGCCUGGUUGAGAACUACAGCUUGUCACAGAAGACGUCCAAAAAGAUGGUGGAAAAGAAGCGCAAGGAGGAGACCCCGAGUCGCAAGGCAGCCAAGCUGAAGGAGUUGGUUGCCCUCUACGAGGGUACUUUGCAGAGCUUGGAUGCUGCCAAGGAGCUACCAGGUGUGGCCAACGACGAGGGUCUCGCAGACCAGCUCGAGGCCUUUGCUGAAUAUUUCCGUGCCCUCAAGUCGCUUUCCAUUGCCCGCUCCCACGCCAUCAUCGGCAACACGGUCAACGCUUUGGCUCUGAUUAAACAUGCAUCUGAAGAAGCCCACAGAGCCGUAGCAGCCCUGUCCGGCAGCUCACAAGACGCAGCAACAUCUCCCCGCAACAUCGAGGUGUCUGGAAAAGACGCCCAGAGCCUGCAGAACUUCCUUGAAGGCGAGCUUCAGCGUCACCGUGCGCUCGUGCACCUGUCCAACUUGCUCAAGGACUCCAAUACCAACGAGGACGAUGCCAAGUUCAUUCCGUUGAUCGAGCGGCUACACGAGUACCCUGCGAGCGGAGUCGAUCUAGGCAACCUCGUGAGCAUCCCGCCACAGUUGGCGACCAUUCCUGUCAAGCCCAUCUUCCUCGACGUUGCUUGGAACUACAUCGACUAUCCGGGCAAGGAGCCUCAGGAAGUCACGCAGCCUAGCAAGCAAACCGCUGUUGGCAGUGAGAGCAAGCCGGAGCAGCCGCAGAAAAGGGGGUGGUUUGGCUUUGGUAGAUAA